GGCAACUUAAGGCAACUUGGAAAGCUAAGAAACAUGAGGCGCUAUUCCCAUGCGUGGAAAAUACAUACCUUGUUAUUCUUUGUUAUUUUUUUUUAUUCUUUGUCAUGUGUUACCGUGUGAUAUAUACCCUGUGUUACCUUGAUGUACCUUGUGCUACCUUGUGAUUUGCGAUGCUUUGUCAUGUUUUUUCAUGUUUUCACUCGUGAGUGAGAGAGAAUUCGAGAAUGAGAAUCACAGAUUUAUGGUACCGAAUCCCUCGUCUUCAAGAUGGCGGCACUUCGGUGACGGCAAUCAAGCCAGAAUCUUACUGGAUCUUACUAAAAUACCAUCAAUGAGCACAGACAUAACAAAGCGGGGAGCUCGAGGAGACGGCUUCGAAUAAUCGCCUAGCAACGGAUACUUGAGCCCUCGUGACUUCAACUCGUGACUCUUGCGUGAAAUGGCGUAAUAAUUAGUACAACAGAAUAACAUGCUGCAAUGUGCUUGGAGGAAUUUCGUCUCCGUAAUUUCAGGCUGACUUAUCCAAAUGGCAAAGAUUUUGCUGUAUCUCCGUGGCUUCCUCUGCCAUUCGUAAUAGGGUAUCGAUUGCUAUUUACCAUUUACUGUUGCGGCUGGAUAGUUUACAGCAUCGUCUCUGCAAGCACUUGGAAAUGGUUAAUUUAUCUGACAGACUGGACUUUCCUAUGCGUGACCACUUACUUUGUUUGCAGCUCUGUGAUAUCUAUCGUGUACUUGGUAGAUUGCCGUGGCAACGGAACGAAUUUUGAGCAAGGUCGAGAACGCGCUCCAGACGAGAGAGCAUCACCAGUGAGACACACCGCACCCGGACAAUCACGGAAAUCCCUUGAGGGCUUAUUAGAGGAACAGUACUAUGAUGCUUGUGAGGAUACUGAUCAAAUUGCAGCCUUAGAACGAGCGCAAAAUGCGGUGCGAGAAAAUGCUGAUUUUUCAACACGCGUACCCCACGCGGACUAUUCUCAAACUUUGUGCCACAAAGUUGCAUGGUUUUUCUACAUAAUUGCUUCUAAUAAUUCUUUUAUGGUGACGAUAGUGUAUUGGAGCUUUUUGUAUAACGGCUUCAAGAUCGGAGAGGCCGAUGUAUCUUUCCACCUGUUAAACUCGGUUUUCAUGCUAACAGAAACCUGUUUAAGUGCCGUUCCUGUGCGGCUUUUGCAUUUAGUUUAUGCAGAGCUGUAUGGAGUUCUAUACUUGAUCUUUACAGUGGUGUACUGGCUGAGUGGAGGCACUAAUACCAAUGGUGAUAGCUUUAUUUAUCCAAUUGUUGACUACAAGACUAAGCCUUAUGACGCUGCUGGACUUAUUAUCAUGUAUGCACUGGUCGGUCUUCCAACGUGUCAAUUGAUCAAUUUCGGAUUGUUUAAAUUGCGCUCCUAUUUACACAGCUUGAGGAGCAGUAGAUAAAGAUUAUAGUAGAUAAAGACGAUGGUUUUUAUUUUUUUUUUAAUUUCUUUUUUAAUAGUUUUUAUUGAUUUUCAAAAUG